GGGCCAUCCCAUGUGGAGAGCAAAACCGCAAAUCUUACUGGCGCAAGCGCGCGGAGGGCGACGGAAGAUCACCUUUCUUCCAGGACCUCCACCAAGGGAACUCCGAACGGAGCAAGGCACUGGCUCUCGUUCCUGCAUUCUCGUACUAAGAGGAAGCAUCUCUACACGGCACGCGCGCAUGACCACCUUCCGGCUUUAGUGAGCCCGCGUCAAAAGAUGCUGUGCCCAGGGGCGGGACUGUUCAAAACCCACAGAUCCCAGCCCGGUUCAUUUGAUCCUUUGGUUCCUUUCCCGGGGUUCCCAAAAAAAGACAAACACCUCGCUCUUCCUUGCGUCUUCACAUCUUCUCUCUGUCUCUCGUCAGUCCUUCGCUUCUUUUUCUGAUCUGACUGUGUCACUCACUCUGCCACCUUACAAUCGUUCCCUCGUCUGCUGCGGCUCCGUACUCUGUACUCGGGGUCUUUAUCCCGUUUGAAAAAGCCUUUCUCUUAUAACCAGUGUAACCUUUGGCUUCUUAUAUCACGGUUCACGAUCAGCAUUAUCGCCAUCCAACGCUUUCUCUUCUCGACCUUACACAAGAUCCAUCCACCUCUUACACCACUUACAUCCCGCCUCAAACCAACACCACAACACCAACAACAACCUCCAAAAUGCUCCUCACAACCCUCCUCCCCCUCUCCCUCUCCCUCCUCCUCCUCCCCUCCACCCUCGCCAAACCGAUCCUCCUAACCCACCGCGCAACCGAAGACGCCCCCCUGAACGCAACAUCCAUCAUCGCCACAACGGCCCCCAAAUCAACCUCCUGCGACGGCGUAACCACCUUCGCAGACGAAUGCGCAACGGCGUCCCACGUGGCAUCCUACCUCCCGCAAGCCUUCCAAAAAUACAACGUCACAACAAAGGGCGAGAUGGCCGCCCUCCUCUCCCUAAUGGCCUUUGAGACGGGCGACUUCCGCUACAACCGCAACCACUUCCCCGAACCGGGUCGCCCGGGACAGGGAACCCGCAACCUCCAGAUGGCGAAGUACAAUCUCAUGUACGCCCUCUCGAUCCCGGAACUGAAGGACAAGGCAACGGAAAUCGCGGGCGGCGUCACGGACGGGAACAGCUUGACCGACGACAAGAAGAACCAGAUCCUCGAGCUCGUCAUGCCCGACGACUACACCUGGGGCUCGGCCGCCUGGUUCCUCACCACGCAGUGCGACGCCGACGUCAGGGAGAACCUCGCGGCCGGCACGGUGAAGGGGUUCACCCUCUACAUGGACUGCAUCGGCACCUCGGGCACCGAAGACCGCGUCGCGUACUGGGCUAGGGCCAAGGGGGCUUUCGGGCUGGCAUAAAUCAGGAGAUCGAUCCUCUGGAGCUGGACUCUGAAUCGUUUCUUCAUCUUCACCUUUGACCUUUUUCAACUUCUUGUAUAUACUAUUACAAUUUCGGGUGGCAGCAUCGCAUAGGGAUAUGAAUCACAC